UGUGUUCAUAAUAUCACAAUCAUAUUAUCACUGCCACAUUUAAACAGCAAAUAGCAAUAAACAAAAUAAUCUACACAAUUAUUUUGCUUUAAGUACCAUUAUUACCUUUUCUAAUUAUUAAAAAACACCAAUAUCUCGAGUUGAAGUGGAAAUGAAAACAUCACUUGUUUUCGACAAAAUUAUCUGUCCAAUAAUUAAAUAAAAUUGCAUUUGUUUUUAAAUUAUUCAUAACGAGAGAUCAUAUCUGUAUUACGUGUUUUCGUUCGUGCUGCGCACAUUAAUUUUGAUUGGUUCAAGCAUGCUUCGUCUGCGCAUGCGCGUUGUGGAAGCGAACAGCGUGCUCAGCGAUCUUCAGUACCUGUAUAACCUUUGACGUGAGCGCUUGUUAGCUGCACGAAACAGUUGUAGACGAAUAUUAAAUACAUCAUGUUCAAGACUUGUGAAGGAUAAUUGUGGUCAUACUAAAUGUCGUAUGUGUUUAUUAUAUGAAGAACAAGGCUGCAGAGUUUGUAACGAUGUGCAAUGUAUAGAAAAUAUUGGAAAUUAUGAUUAUCCACCUUCAACAAAAGAAAUCUUAAAUGAUAUUUCGAAUUCUGAGAAAAGUAAUAUAUGUAAUGAAGAAGUAGUACCUUUAGAAUUAGUUAUUAAUAAAGAUUCAAAGUUCAAGCUUAAUAAUUUUGAACUUACUGAUAAUUACGAAUUAUAUUGUGAAGAUAUAUUUAAUAAAACAAGAGAAACGUACCAGUCUUCUACAACUGAUACUAAGGAUGAUGAUGUUUCAAAUAAGUUAUAUGUUUCUAAAGUAGAAUCUGAUAGUGUGCUUUCAAGUACUCAGUCACAUUUAAACAGCAGUGCUGUAAUACAAUCAUGUAAUGAGGUGAAAGCAGAAAUUUGUGACUUGGAUAAUAAAACAGAGUCUUUAAAGAAUGAAAAGUUAAUGAAAAAUAAAUCCACAAAGUGUUUGGAUCAUAGUCAUAUUGUGUUAAUACCAGGAACACCAGAAAAAUACAAAUGCAAUAUUUGUAACAAAAUUUUUCGAAAUAAAAAAGGAAAAUGUUAUCAUGAUGCAUGUGUAACAGGUGUUAAACCUUAUCAGUGUACUUUUUGUGAUAGAACAUUUAUUAAAAGGUCUCACUUUGAAUAUCAUGAAAGGGUACACAGGGGGUAUAAACCAUAUAAAUGUAAUCUUUGUGAGAAAGCAUUUCCUCAGCAGAAUAAACUCAAUAGACAUAUGUACUCGCACAGUAGAGAAAAACAAUUUGAAUGUACAAAAUGUAACAAAAAAUAUUCUAAACGAGAUGAUUUAAAAAAUCAUCUAGUGGUGCAUAAUAGUACAGCUACAUAUUCAUGUAAAACAUGUGAAAAAACUUUUAGGAUGUUAACUAAUUUGAAACGGCAUUUAAAAACGCAUACAAAUGAAAGACCACAUACAUGCGAUCAAUGCAAUAAAAGUUUUAAAGAUAAAUCUCUUUUAGUUCGUCACAAAAAAACGCAUGGAAAAGAUCGUCCGUUUUCGUGUGCACAUUGUAAUAGAGUAUUCUUGUCCAAAAGUGAAUUAAAACGACAUUUAACUGUACACUCCGAUGAAAAACCAUUUUCUUGUAAAUAUUGUCAAACUGUAUUUAGAAGAAAAGAUAAUUUACAUCGACAUAUUAGACAUCAUCAUUCAGAAAAUCCACCUUUAGAUGUUAACAACACACAAAAUACUAUAUCUGAAACAAAUAUAAAAUCACCAAAAUCUAAACAGAAACCAAAAAAGAUACAAAGAAUUACUUCUAAUUCAAUACAGAAAACUCCAACUAAGAUAUCAAUGGUUGGUGUAAAUUCUCGUGAUCAAAUUAAUUCCAGAUUAGAUUCAAUGGGUAAUAUUACACCUGUUAUAAGAACUACAAAUGAAGUAAGUAAUGCAGUUUCUGUUAUCAAUGGACCAAUUAGUAUUAAAAAACCUGGUGAUAAGAUUGAUACUAGGAAAAAGACAUUUACAUAUACCGAACCAAUACCACUUGCUGAAGCAGUGGUAAUAAACAAACGAAUUGAAGAAAAGUUAUAUCCACAAAACGUAUCAAGUCAUAAUUAUUUUUUUCGAAAUUGUAUAAAUUGUACAGAUAAAUCAUAUCCUGUCCUCGUGAAGCAAGUAUCUUGUACAUAUUCUAAUACAAAAAGUUCUUUAAAUAAAAUAGCUCAUCACGAAAAUUCGUCUCUAGAAACAGAUUCAAAUGUGCAAACAAAUUUGAUACAUCAAAACGUAAAAAAACAAAUUUAUAAUAAAAAAGAUAUUAAAUUAAAAAUCAAAGAUAACAGCAAUCAUUCAAUUCCCAAUUCUACUGGGAAAUGUACAAUUCAAACAGUGAAUGUUAGUUAAAGGUAAAUGCUUCUUAAUUACUAAUUAUGAAUCAAUGAAUUGAUUAUGUUAGUGAACGCGUUUAAUCAUUUCAACCAAACAUUUUUAAAACAUUUAAUUAAAAAUGUGAAGUAAUGAAUAAUUUUUCAUUAAUGAUUUCGAAAAGUUAAACUAAUAUGCACCAAAGAUGUUAAAUUACUCUGAUACUAUAUCAUACAUAACAAAUAUGUGAAACAAUUAUUUAUUCUUUGAAGUAAAGUAGUUAUAAAUAUUUUAUGAGAUUUUGAAAAGAACAAGCUAAAACACAAAAACAUUUGAUUACAACUUAUUUUAGUAUAUUAUAUAGAAAAAGAAACAAAGCGUUCGCAGAAUUAUUCGAAUAUAGUUUCAUUGAAGACCGAUUGGUACUUCCGGCGUUGUCAUGAACUAUAUUUAUUAUAAUUAUAUUAUAUGAAAAAAGAGUGGAUUCUACAAAAAUAAAUUUAUAUUAUUUGUAUAAAUAAAUAAUAUUUCAAUUAUGUAAUAUAA